AUGGAAACUUUUUAUAGUCAAUCAACGUUGGAAAUGCUUCCAGAUGAAAUUUUGCUGGAAGUUUGCAAAUAUUUAUUGUGUAGUGAUAUUCUUCAGUCGUUUAUGGGACUAAAUCGUCGAAUGACACACAUGAUCACUCAAUAUCGUCAUCAUGUUUCAUUUUAUAAAGCAUCUAUUUUAACAUCUGAUUAUUUAUGUAUAAAUAUUCUUCCUCAAAUUGGUUCUCAUGUUCGAUCAUUAGUCAUUGAUCGCAAUUAUUCUUCUUUACAAGAUGAAUUAUUCAUCGAACACUUUGGAAAGAAAAUGUCGAUGAUAUUUCCUAAAUUGGAAAGAAUUAGUCUUACUUAUUAUGAACACGAUAGAUUUCUUACUUUUCUUGAUGCUUUACAUGAUUUGAUUCAUUUGACUGAGAUUCGUUUAUAUGAUUUCUUUAACACUCCAAUUUCGCAUCAACCAACAACCGUUCGAUCACUAUGUCAAGCAAAUAAUCAUCGGUUCACGACGAUUCUAGUGGAUGACCGAUCGAGUUGUUUGAGUUUUGAUGGCAAUGAUCGAUAUUUGAAUGUUCUUCGAUUGCGUAUCAAUUUGACAAGUGUCAACGAUUUAUCGGCUCUUUUUGCGGCUGUACCAAAUGUUCAGUAUUUGGAUGUAGUAAUCAGCGAAGGAAGCGAUUAUUCUGAAUUGUUGGAUGAAAUGAAAGUUUUUCCUCUUCUUCAUCUCACCGACUUUCUAUUGAAAUCACUUAGGUAUGGUUGGGUGUUAGAAGAAUUAUCUAUACUACUUGUCCAAUUACCAAUCGUACAAAAUCUGUCAUUUUCCCUCGCCACUUAUGAUAGUCGACUCGUAGAAGGUAAUAUCGUUCUUUCCAUACUUCCUUCUACUAUUCAACAAUUUAAUUACGCCAUUCGCUAUUUCUAUGAUUCUGAUUUGGAUGGAGUUGAUGAUAUUAUUGCCUCUUGGCCAUCAUCAAAUCCAAUCACCUGGUGCUUAAACAAUAAAUCCUUGUUUCUUCAUAGCUUACCUUGGCGCUUUCCUCACAUAGAAUUUUCUUUGUCACACAGUAAAAUGAUGUCAUGUCUCACAAAUACUGUAGCUGUCUAUAAUAGAAAUGUGGAACAAGUAGAUAUUUGGGUUGACAAAAAAUUUGCUUUGACAAGAUCUUUGUCAGCGAUAUCACAAUGUCGUCGAGCAAGACUAAUUACCAUUUACGUGGCAGGCGAGGAUACUACUAUGAAAGACGAACAACAACAAUUUCCAGUACCUCGUCUUCCAAAGUUACCUCGAUUGGUUCAAAUCUUUUUGUAUCAAUCAAUACCAUCUGAUCUCCAUCUAUUUUCAUUUAUUCUUAAUGCUGCACCUAAUCUUUUUCGUUUGGAUUUACCUUUUGAUUGCUUAUGGAAAUUACUUGAAGAUCAACAAACACAUAAUCUUUUUGGUCAACGUAUUACUUCACUGAACAUCUACAAAAAUGCAACGGAAACAUCAAUGAUAACAGUCAACGAAGAACACAUACCUAUCAUAGCUUCUGUAUUUCCUCGAGUUCGUGAUUUUUAUGUUGAUGUGACACAUUUAGCAAGUAGUACAACAAUGAUCUCGAAUGGAAAUACUCUAGAACAUACUGUAGUAGAAAAUUCAUCUGUGGAAUCGAUUCAACAGAAGCAUGAAGUUGUGUCAGCAUUAUCAAGUGAAUCGAUGCUUUUAUUUCUGUUCAAGCAAUUCAAACAGCAUAAACUCACUGGUUUAUAUAUCGAUGGACACUUCCUUGAAGAGAUAAAAACAAAUACAGAACAAUGGUUACGAAACAAUACUGUUCUUUGUGAACAACAGUUCAAAGCUGUUUAUUCUAGUGAGUGGAGUCGAAUACUAAUUUGGAUGUGA